AUGCGAUCCUCCAACAGCAGUCCUGCCCUGCUUGCGCCAGGCCUGCUGAUAGAAGGGGCCGUCCCUCGGCGUGCCAGAAGGCGCUGGCGACGAGCGGCAGCGGGCAUCGCUUGCGGCGCUGUGCUGUGCCUCUGGGCACUGGUCAGCUUCCGGCAGCAGGCUGGUGCGGUGCAUGGGCACGGCGGGGCCGCGAUCUUCCUUGAUCAAACCCCCACAGGCGCGCAGAUUGAGCAGCUGCCCAGUGUGACGUUGAGCCGCAGCCGCCACGCCCAGGCGGGAGCAGCGGCCGCCGCCCCGCCGGGCAGCAGGACGAGUGUGGCGGGAUUGGGUGAGGGCGAUGCUGGAGUGUUUUUUUCAAAUCAUCAAUCACACGCGGCAACAUUGAAGACGUCGAACGCGGCGGUUGGGGGCGGCGCGGAGCGCUUGGCGGCGGCGAAUGCCGCCGCUGCUGCUGUGGCGGCGGCAGCUGUGCAGUCCCAGCACCAAGCGACGGAGCCCGGCGACCCUGGAGCCGUCCCAAGG